AUGAGCUCUUUAGCAUCGAAGCACCUCGCGGCAAGGCACGAAUCUAAUCUGUGAGUGAUUGACUUAUAGCCGCUCCCGAAUCAAGUCCUGCUGCAAUGGCCUCUUAAUCAAGUUGCUCCGAGCUCGCAGCACCCGGCCACGCGUGAGUUGUGCUGCUCUUUGCGGAUCUGCAACAUUCGUGAUUCUUUUUCCCAACGUCCAACUCCCAGAUCUUUGCGUAGGUAAAAGGCGCAUCGCCAUUUGGCACCACGACUGUUUACCUUUCUCCUCUUUACCCUCACACUACGGCAUGCAUACAUGCAGCUAGGGUACGUGCGACCCUUUCCAUCAUUCUUCGUAGUGCGCGACGGCGCAUUCGAACAUGGUCGAGGUGAACUUCGCACAUUUUCCAGCCGAAACACGCAGCCUGAUCCUUCGGGCGCUGGAUCCGAAGACCGCCUUUCGCUGCAGGCGCGUAUCGAGGCGCUGGCAGCACUGGAUCGUCAGCGAUGAACACAUUUGGCGAAACAUUGCAUACGCAUGGGGUCUGCUCGAGAGCCCCACUUCUCCAGUGCCCACUUGGAAGACGGAGGACAUGUUCUUGGGCCAUGCUCAUGCUACUUACGAUUCCCUUGCAAGCGCGACUGGCUAUUUCGACGAGGUGACGACGUACGAGAGCCUUUGUCGGCAUCACGCUCGCUUGACCUCCGCCUGGGACGCAUCAAGUUCCUUCGUCGAACACCUGAUGGCGCCCCCGGCGAAACGUCAUCACCCUUCGCCCACCGGCUUGCUCUCAAAUGAGGAAUAUUUGCGGGACGCGCGCAUCACAGGCACGAGCAGGUCAGGCGAACUGUAUCUGGCGCUCUUUGAGACUCGGGCCACCGGUCGACACGUUUCGCGCGCGUCGAUUACUGCGCGAGGGAAGUUUUCUGGCGCGGUCACCGCCAGAAGCCAGCCGCUCCGCGUACCCAGCAAAAUCGAGAUGCCUGAUCCUGUAAGACUUUCACACAGGCAGCUCGAGGAUAUCUUCUUCGAGAUUACUGAAAGGCAUACGUCAGACGGUCGUUUGCUUCAAGCCCUUGAGGUGUGGAAGAAUGCCGGCGAUCACUACGAGAUUGUGGGCGAGCUCACACUGCCGACCUCCAGCGAAGCUGUCACGGCAUUGGGGAUGCGCUACCCUGACUGCGUCGCACUGUCCUACGAUGGUGGCGGCGAAUAUUACUGCAUCGCUUGGGAUCUGCGAAAUUUCGAAACAUAUCCUAUCCUUGUGCUCACAGAAUGUGACGAAGUGUCAGCCAUCGAUUUUGACAGAUCGGCCAAUCUGCUUUUCGUCACCGACAGCCAAGAUGUCCAGAUCUACUCACUCGUCGACGGCUCACUCCUCGCAUCUUGGGUGUGCCUCCCGCUCGAUUUCGAAGUCCCUUCUUUGGGCACCCCGGCGCUUGAGUUUGAGGCACCCUGGUAUCUGCAGGCCUCGCAGAUUUGGCUUGGCACGACGUAUUUGAGUCACUCACCUAUCACGUUGCCGAAAGUGGAGCUCACGACCCAUUGGCGCGCACUGGAGCAGACGGCCUUGGCACCAGUGACUCUCGGAAGGAGGUGAGAGCUUUACUUCAGACCUCGUCAGCGAUGCUGGCUCGCUCUCUCAACUCAAGUUAUUUUGCGUUUACCGACAUGUCGCAGCACUUUGCGUCGAUAUCUGGGGAUGUAUGACGUGAGUUGUCAUGCGGACAAGUUUUCGCCGGGCUUCAACUCACCCUCGUCACACAGAGUCAUGGACCAUCAUACCCCGUGGACUCCAGAUUUUGGGGCGCUCGACCUCUAGCCACGUAUGCUGACCACCGCACUGACACACUCGCCGUAAGCUACAUUUGGGGCAUAACUCUCCUCAGGCCCUAUUCCAAGAUGAUCGAUCCACGGGGUCGGCAUCUGAUCAGGGUCGCCAUCCUACAUUACCACGUGUUUGGAGAAAGUAUCAGGGAUGUCAAGAACGUAUGGUUCCGCCAUCAAGCGACAGCCAAUUCACGAAUCUGCCAGGUGAUGAGUACAGAAGGCACUUCCAGCAAGCGCAAGAAGGAGCACGUCUUUGUCAUCGACUUGGACUCGAGACGCCUCGAUACGCACAAGACAGUGCGCGAGCACCCUUUCGAGGAUGUGAAGGUCUGGCACAUUCAGACCAGAGUCUUUCGGCGAAAUGACAGUCGGCACACAGAGUUUUGGUCGGACCGAUUGCUCGACCUGCAUCUAGAUGCUACGACGCUAUGGACAAAUCAUUACAACGCUGGUCUGGAGUACAUAGACAUCGGUUGUCUGGCUAAAUUCAGCCGCCAUGCUCCAGCUGUUCAAAGUGCGAACGACUCCGCAGAAGACUCAUAG